GACACUACAAAAAUGAUGGCCGCCAUCAUUGCGACACCAGCGUGACAGUCAGUGGAGACAUGUCAAUUCUGUUCAUGAUACAUGAGAAAUUCCAAUGGCAGAUUCUUUCUUCGGGUUCGAUACUUCGUUAUCGAACUUAAAUGAUGAUGAGGGCGGAGGAGAACCUUCUGAGGAUGAAUAUGAUGCUCUCAAUGAUGAGACUUUUGGACAGGACUCCGAGGAGUUUGACUGGGAGGUCGAGCAUGAGACCUUGGCUCAACAGCUCGAGAGCAACCGCAGACUCAACAACAGCGGCAUUGAUGAGACCGCCAACACGCAGCUCGAAGCGUCGCUGUCACAGCUAGUGUUGGACGAGACCGACUCGCCGCAGUCGCGCGUGUUGGGCUCCAGCGUGUGGCGGCACGACCUCUCAUUCCCAGCGCCCCCUGCUCCACUCAAGAAUGUGUGCACGGUCGAAGAGCUGGAACGCCAACUCCGGCAGAAGCCGAUUCAGUACACACAGAACUACUUCCAGCCGCGAUUCCCGGUGAUACUCCAACGGCCGCCGGGGCUCCAGGCCCCGGUGCCGUUGCCCUUCGCCCCCCCCGCGGGUCAUAACAUGGCCCAGAUGACCCCACCCCUAAACAAGAUCAUAGGGAACAACAUACAGAUGAAUAUGGGACAGAACCAGCUGGGACAGAAUGUCAACCAGUUCAUGCAAAACGCGAACCAAAUGGGACAGUUUCAGAACAACCAAAUAAGCCAAACGAACUUGCUCGGUCAGCUCUCGCAAAAUAUGCAUAUGAACCAAUCGGGUCAACUGCUCCAGAAUCAGAUGAGCCAAAAUCAGAUGACCCAAAACCAGAUCCAACAGAAUCCGAUUCAGAAUUUAAACCAAAUGAACUCGAUGGGCCAGAACGUCAAUCAGAUGGGACACAGCGUGAACCAAAUGGGACAAAGCAUGAACCAGAUGUCACAAAACGUCAACCAGAUGGGACAAAACGUGAACCCGAUGGGACAAAAUGUGAAUCAAUUGGGACAAGGCGUGAACCAAAUGGGGCAAGGCGUGAACCAGAUGGGACAAAACUUGAACCAAAUGGGACAUAACGUGAACCAGAUGGGACAAAACUUGAACCAAAUGGGACAAAACGUGAACCAAAUGGGACAAGGCGUGAACCAAAUGGGACAAAACCAGAUGUUGCCGAACGGCAAUCAGUUUCCUGGCAUGAAUCAGUUUCCCAGAAUGAUGGGGCAGCCGAGAAUGAUGGCGCCUCCCCCUGGUAUCAACAUGCCCAGGCAGAAUUUUAGCCCCAAUAUGAACCAGUACAAUACCAAUUUUCGUGGCCCAACGAUUCAAUCCAAGCCCAACACAGAACCGACCCAACAGACCAUUCCCAAACCGCAUUCGCCGAAACUGUCCAAGACACCGACCCAAAAACUACAGAAGACCGAUCCUAAAGUCCAAAAAUCAAGGGUCUAUAACAACUCGAAGACCCAGAAUUUGACGUCACAAAAUCUAGUGCAACUAAUACAGAAUACACAUCCGAUGUUACAGCAGUACAAUAACAGUUAUCAUAAUGCGAGCCACCAUCCCAUGUUGAACAGGAAUUUGUUUGGUAAUGGGCUGUUGAAUAAUCAGUUUAUGUAUAAUCAGAGACAGAACGGAGUGUACAAUAAUAGACAAAUGAACGGUGACGACUCGAGCGCCACGAGCGAAGAUGAAUACGCGGGGCUCAUGACCCAGAGAGAGAAACAAUGGCUCGUAAACAUACAGAUGUUGCAGCUCAACACGGGAACACCCUAUAUACACGACUUCUAUUAUACGGUGUUCCUAGAGCGUCAGGCCAGGAAAGAAAAGGAAGGGGUGAAGGAAGCACACAAAGCCAACCAACAAAACCACCCUUUUUACAGUGGGGGCGUGAAGCAGGAGGGUCACGCGAGGGAGCGACACAACUCAGUGAGACACAACUCCACGAGUGAGGACUCCACACCGAGGACAUAUGUGCCCACGCAGUUUGAAAACUCUUUGGGGAAAUUACAGUGCGGCAGCGUGACGGCGCCGCGCAAGAUCAUCGACGUGGAGCUGGUGGCGGGCGACCGCAGCCCCGCGCGGGGCUCCAGGGCGCCCUCGCGCGCCUCCACCGCCAACCCCGCUGAGGUACCUCGAGAAAUGAAGAGGACAAAGCAACUCCUAUUGGACAUAGAAGCAUUAUAUCUGAUCCUGUUGCGGCUUGAAGAACUUAACGAUCCUUUGGCGAUAUCCAACGCGCUUAUACUUAAGGAACGAGAAGAAAAACAGAAGCAGUUGGAAGCGGCGCAGAAGGAGGAAGAAGAUGAUGAUACGAACGUGUUCCUCAGAAACAUAGAGUCUGUUCAGAGGAGGCCGAAACCGGAGAGCAAAGGGGAGAUAGGGGACAAGAGACAGGUAGUGAAUCUAGCAGUGAAUCUGAAGCCGGCGCCUGUCAAAAACUUAUUAGACGAAGACAAGGACGAGCUGAUUAACAAGAUGUUCGCGGGGUUACUGCACAACGACCGUCUGCAGCAGAUGCUGACUGUUAGAAAAGGACGGAUGCUGGUGUGCCGCUUCCUGUCGCGCGCGCGCACGCACGCACGCGCGCGCAGCGUGUGGUCGCGCGUGCUGCGCGCGCUGCCGGCCGCCGCGCGCCGCGACGACGGCACGCUGGCUGCGCUCGCGCCGCACUUCCACACGUACAUACAUAGCACGACCGGCUGGUCGGCGGUGUUGGAGUCCUGCGGCCUCCUCGCCGAGGCCUUCGAUCCCGCCCGAACUGCGUACGCCCUCACCACUGCCUUUACACUAACCUGCGUGUGCGCACUGAUCGAAAAAGCAUCAAUCUUAGUCAACACGCCAGACGCGACCUCCAACGAGCGACAGUGGUCCAAAUUCCUAAAAACUUUAGCCCGAUCCCUCAAAAACACCACACUAACCGUCGCAAGACCUCUUAAACCACUGCCCGAGAAUAGAGUUUUGUACCAUUUGAGACAGUUAGACUCUAGAAGUACCAUUGAGAUUUUACAACGUGGUAAAAGUGCAGAAUUUGUGGAUCUGUCCAAAAAUGACGUCAUGGAACUGUUGGUCAAACAUUUGUGUUGAUAUCUGUUUGUUGUCAAAUGUUUGGCAUAUGGCGAGCCAAUAAGGACAGACUGAUACGUCUGUCUCGCUCUGACUGUGGAUUUCGUUUAUCGGAGGCCGUGGAAACCGUGUCGUUAUUUUUGGUCAUGUGAUAGAUUAUUUCCGAAAUGUUCACGCCCUACUUCUAAUUUGGAGUUUAGUAUGAAUAAAUAAAUAAAUUUAAUAUAUAGAAAAUCGAAAUAUUCGCAUGUAAACAACAUGUAACAAUAUAAUGACCAUUAUUGAUCGACGAAAAUAACAUUUAGAUUUUUGUACACGUUCGGGUGGAUUUUUUUUUUAAUUUUUGGACGUAAACAUGUACGAAGUUUUCGAAAUUCAAUUAAAAUAAUCGACAAAUUGUAUAACAUAUUUUUCAACUGAAUAAGAACGAAUCGUGAGAAAAUAAAGUGUUAAAUUUGAAAAAAAAAACAUGUUUUAAAUAUCCUUUAAACUUUUAUAACGCUCGAAUGUGUAUAAAUACAAAUUAUUUAUCGACCGCUUCUGACAGUUUAAAAUAACAUAUGCUUACCACUUACAUGAUUUUACAAAUAAAUGCACAUUCAAAAAAAUACGCUACCUUAAAAAAAUUUGAAAUAAUAGGCGUUUGUGUUUAAGUGGUAUAUUUUCACGAAAAACAUAUGUAAAUUGGUUUUACUUGUAGAUAGGCUUUAGGCUGGGAAUUUGGUGUUAUUUCGUGACUAAAUCUCGAUUCCACAAAAAAAAAAAUCAAUGUACCUAUAAAAUUUUAUUUUACACAAAUCGAAACGCUUGUUUCGCCAUCAUUACGACUUUUAGGUUAAAAAAUGUAUUUAUCGAAAUAAUGUAUAUGUAAUUAUUUAUGAAUAUCGAAAUAAAAUAUAUUUUUAGGUACGUUAUAGAAAAAUAACACAAAAAUUGGCGUAGUACUGAACCGUAGCAAACAUUAUAAAAUUAAAAAUUAGUUUGCGCGUCCGCCAUUUUUUCUUUGUGUGAUGGCGAAAUAAGUUUAUAUAUAAAGAAGUGUAUAUCUGUAUGUAAAGUAGCGCGAUGCAUUGUAUAUUAUAUGUAAUUUUAUCGUUUUUUAAUGUUAAUUGACGGGUCGACAUCAGAAUAUUAAACAGAAAAAAAAACAAGAAAAAAAAUUUUAAAGAACAAUUGGAUCAAAAUUUUCAUAUUUUGAAACAAAAAUUUUGCCGGCUCAUGAUUAUUUCUAUAUAUUUCGAUCUUAUUUUCGCUUACAAUGUCUAUACGUAUAUUAUAAUUAAGUACAUUUUUUUUUCAAUCUAAUAGUCUAGCUUUAAAUUAUUAUUAUAGUUAUACUCGUGUAGCAAUACAUACCCAUAUUGUUGUAUGGAAAAAACCAACCGGUUUUCUGACCAAUAUUGUACAGAAGAACAAUCGUAUAUGGCCUGGAGAGCGUCGCUGCUGUUGAAUAAACACUUAAACGGCUGAUAAAAGGACGUUCAUUGAAAAGUGAGCUUUAAAGCGUCCGCUGAAGAUAUACAUUACAUUGACAACAAACUAUCCGACUGCUCGGUGUUAGUUCUCAUUUUGUCAAUGUAAAGUAAUGUCUAUAGGUAACGUUUUAAAGCUCACUUUUCUAUGAACAAUGGGGGGAGUUGAGCGGUAGAAAUGUUCUAUGACAUUAAAUUUGACAAAACGACUUAAUAAAUAUUUUAUCUUUGGUACAGUCAACAGCACAUCAAGUUACCCUGCAUGAACCUCUAUGGCGCGGUAAUAGCGACGAGUUUGCAAUGAAUUUGGGUAGGUUGGUGUGCUGUUGAAUGUACCUCAUAAUGCUUUUUUUUAUACUAAAAUUCUAGUAUUUCCUCUAAAUAUAUUCCGAUGUCGACUCCGCAAUGAUUUUAAAUGUCACACAACGGUCAUUCUGAUAUUAGUUAAGUAAAGGAUGACUUUACGAUUCAAUGCUUGGCAAGUAAUAAGUCUGAUGAUUAGAAAUAUAAGGUUGGAUCGCA